GGCCGGGCGGAGAGGGCCGGCGGCGGGGCUGCGGGACGCGGCGGGGGCAGCGCCCUGCCCGCCGGGCUCGGCCGCGCUCCCUCAGCCCCUCGGGGCCGGACGACGCCCGUCAGGAGGGCGGCCGCCCCCGCCCCGUCACGCGGUGCCGUGCCGGCCGCGGGGCUCGGCGGAGGCGGAACAUAAGCCGGCGGCAGGAGAGCCGUGCUCCGCUCCGCUCAGCUCCGAGCCGUGCCGAGCCGUGCCAGGCCAGGAUGCGGGGCUUGGUGCUCGCCGCCCUCCUCCUCCACAGCGCCGUCGUUUGGGGCGCGUUCGCCGGCGGGCGGAGAAACGUGGACCCCGAGACCAACAUGAACAUCAGUCAAAUUAUUAUCUUCAGAGGAUAUCCUAGUGAGGAGUAUGAAGUGACAACAGAAGAUGGCUAUAUCCUUUCCAUUAACAGAAUUCCUUAUGGAAGAAAAGGUCGAGGGUGGAGCAAAGGUCCAAGGCCUGCUGUGUUUCUGCAGCACGGUUUACUUGCCGAUGGCAGCAACUGGAUCACAAACUUGGAUUACAAUAGCCUUGGCUUUAUGCUGGCAGACGCUGGCUAUGAUGUAUGGCUGGGAAACAGCAGAGGGAACACCUGGUCCAGGAAGCACAUACACUUCACAGUGAAGCAAGAAGAAUUCUGGGUUUUCAGCUUUGAUGAAAUGGCUAAAUAUGACAUUCCAGCCUCAGUGGACUUCAUUUUGAAGAAAACUGGCCAGGAACAAGUAUUUUACGUUGGCCAUUCCCAGGGCACCACCAUGGCUUUCAUUGCUUUUUCAACUUUGCCACAGCUGGCUAAGAAAAUCAAAAUGUUCUUUGCCUUGGCACCAGUAGCUACAGUCAAGUUUGCUACUAGCCCUCUGACAAAACUGGGAGCGUUUCCUGAGCUGCUUCUCAAGGACAUGUUUGGAAAGAAACAAUUCCUUCCUCAGAAUUUUUGGCUGAAGUGGCUUGCUACCCACGUUUGCACCCACAGAAUACUCGAUGACCUUUGUGGCAACAUAUUCUUUCUUCUGUGUGGCUUUAAUGAGAGAAACUUGAAUAUGAGCCGCGUGGAUGUGUAUUCAACACAUUGCCCUGCGGGAACGUCUGUACAGAACAUGAUCCACUGGACCCAGGCUGUGAAAUCUGGGGAACUCAAAGCUUAUGACUGGGGAAGCAAGGCUGCAAAUAUGGCUCACUACAACCAGUCUACUCCCCCUUUCUACAAAGUAAAGGAGAUGACUGUACCAACUGCCGUGUGGACUGGUGGACAGGACUGGCUGGCAGACCCGAAGGAUGUUGCCAUGCUGCUCACUCAGAUCACAAACUUGGUUUACCACAAAAACAUUCCAGAAUGGGAACACUUGGAUUUCAUCUGGGGCCUUGAUGCACCUUAUCGCAUGUAUAAUGAAAUAAUUAACAUGAUGAGAAAAUAUGUCUAAACCCACAUGGUAUUUCAGAGCAUUAGUUCAUCAGAAGUUAUUUUUUUCUGAAGCAUAUGCUUUUCUGGCAGUAAUGCUACAUUGCUUAUUUAUGAUGCAUUUUUGAAAUGCCAGCAAUGACUACUGAAUUGGAUUUGUAUGUGAUUUGUUUUUCUCAGUAUUAUUUCUCUCUCCUGCACAAAUCCUCAGUAUAGCCUGCUGAUUUUGCACACAGCAGCUUGGUAUCCCCAAAAAAACAGCAGUGUGACUUUGCACAAAAGCAGUAUUUCAUGUGCAUAUAGAUUUAGUGACGUCUGAAAGACAAGCUAGUCCACUGAGCACCUCAGGUGCUUGACAAUAAAACUGGUUUGCUCUGCAUAAAGCACUGCCAUUUCUCAGUACAUUGCCAUUUCUGAGUACCUUUCAGAAGUAUGCCUUGUACUGCAGUGACCCUAUUUGGUGCUGGUACUUUAAAAAGCACUUAGUGAUUUCCUGCUGCAUUAUUUUAGCCAUCACUCGCAGGCUAGCUACAUCAGAUUACUUUCCUUUUUUUUUUUUCUCAACAUUGCACAGAAGAGUUGUCUUGAAGCCAGAGAAGAUCACCACUGUCAGUUGAAAUCUCCUGUUUUGGAACUGAUUCAUUACUGCAUUUUUCUUGAUCUCAGCAGUAUCCCUGAAGCCUUUUGUGUUCCACAUGACAACUGUGGAUAAGGAUCAUUAUUUUCCCUUGAAGAUUUCUGGAACAAGAGAAGCAGUUAAAAGAAAUACCACUUCUUGUUAGCUUUGUCAACAGGUUAUGACUUUCAAGGAGAAUAACAUAACAUACUUGUGUUUUGUUUGCACUGACCACUAGAAAACAAGCUCCCCCCAUUAUACUACUGGUCAGGGAAGGGCCAAUGCAUUAGUUCUAUAGCUUGAGUGACUUAAUUUGCAUGGACUCUUCCCGUUAAUCUUCUGCUGCUUUGCAAAUCUGUUUACUUUUUAGCUGCUUAUAUGAUGCUUGCCACCAUUGUGUUCACCAUACAAUAACCUGGAGCAGCCUAGCAGUAUUUAUGGCAAUUUUCAUUUGUCUCAGCUUCUACUUUAGAAUGGGUCUAAGCCCCCAUUUAAUGGGGGAAGAGGAUUCACAUCUGCUUUAGGGGCCUGGCUUUGGAGCUAAAGCCUUCUCUGAUGUAGGUGCCUUGCUCUCUCCAUUGACUGCACAGAGGACUUUGGCUCCUCUGAAUUGCAAGUAAGUUCAAUGCCUAAUGUAGGUGUAUGAACAAUCUCCAGAGUCAAUUGCCUCAGUCCAGAUGAAAAUUUCUGUGCCAGAGUUGGAGUUCAAUCCAGACCUCUGUUAGUAAUCCUAACAGGAACAAAAGACUUUUCUAUAUGUCAUAGAAAAUAGUACAGUUUAAACUGUGGCAGCCUUUUUUUGUAAGAGAAAAAUGCAUAAGCCAUAAUUUACUUUUUUUUUUUUUUUUUUUUUUAAACUCCUAAUUCAGACUCAGGGAGUCCUCAGGCUUUGUUAAAAGAAAAAGUGGUUUGUGGUAUUGCAGAUGUGAUUCCUAGCAGGACCUUUAAGUUUGCUUUAUAACAGUCAUAUUUGCUCCACAUUGCUCUGCUGGAAGGAAGACUGUAAGAAUCCAAAGCGGCUAACUUUGCAGUUGUGAUGGUAUGUGAUACAGCAAGAGCCACGUGCAUCAUGUUUAUUAAGCUUGAGGUAUUUCAAUAAAUGUGAGAGACCUGGUUGGA